AUGCGGCAAUGCAGCGACGUUACUCCAAAUAAGAGUAGGCUGCCAGCAGAUUCAAAAAAGCAAACCAACGGAACGGCACAACCAACUGUUUCGUUUCGCACCUCAUCGGAGAUAACAGUUCCCCUCUCAUCCUUGCCUUCAGCCGCCGCCGAACACCUCCCUAUACUUUCCUUAUUUGACAAUGCUAUUCUCACCACAGACGGACUGAACAAUGGUUUGAACGACUCCAUCUCCCGGGAGUUCAACACUGGCUCUCUCAGACCAGCGAGCUACGAAAGCAGUCCACACUUCCGAAAGUCGCGAAUCAAGAGAACCAAAAUCUGCGAGGCUCUUACCGACUUGCUUCCAUCACAUUCCGCCAUGUAUGAGAUCCUCGAGACUGGUGGCUUCUGGUGGGAUCUCCUCAGGGCGCUGCAUCCAUACAUGUGCUCCGAGGAUCCCAAGAUGACAAUUCAGAACUACGUCUUUCUGGCACUCAAUCAGGACAACCCGUCUGUCAUUGGCCGUGCGAUAUCGUGGUUGGCUAUGAGUUUGCAAUGCCUUCCCAAUGAGUAUGAAACUGGCCAUCUGAACUUACCGAUGCCCCUCAACGACUUGACGCAGCACUAUGUGUCGACUGUUGAUCGAUUGAUUGUGUGCGACGAUGAGAUCUCGGUGUCCUUGGAAGGCAUCGAAUGUAUUAUACUACAAGGCCAAUUUUAUGGAAAUCUCGGUCGGCCACGGAAAGGAUGGACGGUCAUCAGGAAGGCGCUCUCCCAUGCUGUUUUGCUGGGGCUACACCGACCUCCGUCCCAAGCGUCAACGGUUUCGUCACUGCAUUCUCAGCGACGAGAAAACGUUUGGUGGCAUCUGGUGCAGUGUGACGCCUACAUCAGUCUAAUGUUAGGCUUGCCAAGUUUCAUGGUGCCACUCCUGGAACCUCAGACAGACCUUUCAACAACUGUUGGUGUCACCUCCAGUGAAGACUACAGAAGAAAACUCGCUAUCUUGGUCGGCAGGAUCAGUCAGCGGAACCAAGCGAUGCCAAUCUCAAUUGCCACCCUGUUAUCGACCACAAUUCAAAUUGAUCAUGAACUCAACGUGCUCGCAACCCAUUUGGAACCUCUUUCGUGGAAUCCCAUUGCAACAUCGUUGAAUUUCAGCAUCAAAGAUGCCCUCAUGAAUCAUGAGAGCCUAAUAACGCAUUUCUGGCACUACCAAGCAAAAGCCUAUCUCCACCUCCCCUUCAUGCUCCAAUGCCCCGCCUCGAAUGAAUUCAACUACAAUCGCACCGCCUGCCUGACUGGAUCCCGCGAGAUCGUCCGAGUAUACAUCAGAAUGCGCGGGCUAGCUGGCGGAAAGAUCAACCUCUGCCGUGUCGUCGAUUUUCAGACGUUCACGGCAGCAGUAAUUCUAAUUCUUGGUUUGCUGGGGUACCGACCUGCAUCAGCACCAAGGGAUACCGGUCAGGAGGCGGAAGACUGGAAUUUGGUGUAUGAGACUAUGGAGGUUCUGAGGGUCGUGACAGCGGAGCCGGAAAAUUUGAUCGCCGCUCAGUGUUUUCAGGCGCUGGAAACCCUUGUCUCGAUCUCAAAUGGCCAAUUUGCAGCUGAAGGUAAUUCGCCUCGACGAAAGAUCUUUAUACCUUAUUUCGGGACGAUGCACGUGACUCCCGGAAGCAGCUUUGCAACUGGAACUACACAAGGGCCUGCAAGUCAUUUGGAAGAAGCGGCCUUGCCAUCAACAGUUAGGAAACAGGUUCGGAACCCGAUCAUCGGUAUCGAUGUUUUCAAUGCGUUUUCCUUUGCGAACAAUGUUCAAAACAUAGAGUCGAUUCCUUCCUCGGCAGAACCUCAUGAUUUUCUACUCCCAGAUGCACUUGCCAUGGAUAUCGAUCAAGACUGGAGCUGGAUGCUGAAUACCGACUAUCAAAUGAACUUGCAAGGAUAA